GCUUCGAUUGUCCUCGCGGAAGCAGAGUCGUCGUCGGCCUCGCAAUGUUCUCGACGUUUGCCACCAAGAAGGAUAUUGAUCGGCACGUCAAAACGUCCCUGUCCAAGCUGCCGGAGCAUGAGAAAUACCAACGCGGACUGGCCAUCGCCCGGCAGUACCUGAAGCUGAACGAGUUUGCGAGCGCCGAGCACUGGCUGAGCUGCUUCCUGUCGGUGCAGGAGGACAGUGCCCAGGCGCACAAGCUGCUCGGCCACUGCUACGAGCGCCAGAAGAAGAUCGAGCGGGCCAUCACGUCGUACCAGCGUUCGCUGCAGCUGGAUUCCAAGCAGACCGGGCUGAUUACGGACGUGUGCAAGUUGCUGCUCUCGGAUGACAACUUCAGCAAGAACCUGUCCAAGGCCAAACACUGGUGCGAUCUGGCCGAGUCGGAGCGCAUCAACCACGAGGCGGUGCUCAACCUGAAGCUGAAGGUCGCCAACAAGGACGCGGCCACCGACAACAAGCUGGUCAAGGAGAUCAUCCUGAAGGAGAUUCUGGCCCGACCGAUGGAUCCGGGGCUGAGAAUACGCCUGGUGCAGCACUUUACCGACGAGAAGAAGCUGGACGAUGCCUUCAAGUAUUGCUACGACAUUGAGAUGAAGUUCACGGAGACGUUCCAACAGUCGGUUGAGUGGGCGAAUGCAAUCUCGUCGAUGUUGACGCGUUACGUCGAAGCGAACGCCGCCACGUACCAGUCCAACUGGAGCUACUGGCUGCUCGCGGUGAUGACCCUCGAUCGGCAGAUCUACCUUAACCUGUUGGCGGACUCUUCGCUGCAAACCAUCAAGCAAAGCAAUAUCCGAGAAAUCGCCACCCUUCUGUUCGAGCUAGACCAAACGCUGCGCAAAUUCGCCGAAAAGGGUCGCAAUUCCUGUUCGCACAAGCAGCUCGCCGAGGAGUUCCUGCUGCACUACCGUGGCCAGCUGCUGCUCCAUUCCGCGUCGCUGCUGUUCAAGAACGAAAAGCAUGGUGCGACCAGCAAGGCCCGCGACGUAACUACCAAGUGCUUGCCGUUGCUCUUUCUGGCGUACCAGUGCGGCGUUCCGGACUCGGACGAACCGUGGCUGCGGCACACCAACGACGCCACGCGCCAGCUGGUCGCGUUCUGGAACAAGCAGGCCGCGUUCCGGUGCUGCCAGGCCGGCAGCAGCAUUCUGUCCUGCGUGGACGACAGCGUCGAUGCUUCGGUGAUUGCCCAGAUUCAGAGCGUCACCGAGAGCAAGAUUUGGAACACGGCCGAGGAUUUGGUCAAUCAGGUUCGUCAAUUCUGCGCGGACAUCAACUGGAAGAAGAGCAUCUUCCGCGCGCUGUACAGCAACAACGGGGACCAGAUUUCGAAGAUGUCCUCGUCGUACUUUAUGCAGAACGCUUCGAUCGGCGAGCCGCAGUACGAGCUGCCCAAGCGGGAGCACAUUCAGAUGUAUCUGGAGAUUGCCCAGUAUCUGUGCCCGUCGUCGCUGCCCUACCAAAUCUACCUGGGGCUGGGCGUGGACGAUUUGGCCGAACUGCGCUGCAAGUCGUUCAACGGGUUGAACUUUUCCACCAACAACCUGGACAACUGCAACGUGGAAACGCUCAACCAGCUGGACGUGGACUCGUUUCUGUACUGUGCGAUUUUGGUGGCCAAAAGUUGCCUCGAGGGCGAGCGCAAGUACCAGGACAAGAUGAACAGCGGCAAGCCGCGGAUUCUGCCGGCGCCGAACAUGGUUCCGACGUUGUGCGAGGAGAACAAGGCGGACUGGUGGAAUGCCGCUUGUGCCGUGUUUAAAAAUACCAAAUCGGCAAACUUUUCCUCGAAUAAACAGUUGCUGCAGCACGGAUUGCAGGCGGUUCGCGGUACCGGCACGCCAAUUACGGACGUGAUUGUACUGCUGAAGCUGGGCAAGAUCCUGGCCAAGCGGAUCAACAACACAACGCUGCCGGAGGAGCGGCGCCAGCUGGAGUUGCGGACGGAGAGCGUGUACAAGGCGGGCGUGCUGCUGUGGAAGAUGCGCAACGAGAGUUCGUUCAACAGCAGCAACAUCUUCUUCAAGUACGGCGUUGAUUCGUUCGAGUGCAGCCAGGAGGCGGUCAAGCUCGCGGAGGACGCUCUGACCUAUCUGGCCGGGGUGUACUUCAAGCACGGCCGGUACGAAGAGUUCACGCAGGAUUUUGGCGGCAUUCCGCUGCCAUUUGCGGCGUAUUUCCGCGCGGAGGCGUUCAAGAAGCUGGACGAAUCGAGCAAGACUCCGCUCAAGACGAAGAAGUUCUACAGCGAACGGGCGCGCGACUGUAUCAAGCAGACGCAAAAGUACCUGGAGUUGCCGUACAUUGAGAAGAGUCAUCCGCUGCAUUACGUCGUCCACAGCGAGAUCAAACGCAUCCAGUUCAACGAUUCGAUGGACGGCGGCGGCAAUUUGAACAGCUCGCUGAACGGGUUCGGCAACAGCGGAGCCGAUGACAGCGAUCACUUCCAGUCGUUCAGUUCGUCGAACAACGCUGACCGGUUGAAUCGGUCGGAACGCGAAGUCGCGGUCAACUACAACGCCAGGACCAACGAGCUGGAAAGCUUGAUUCGCAACAUGAUGGAGGUGUUGACCAUUGUUAAAGACGAUGUGCUGAACAUUCGCAAUGACGUCGGAGAUAUUCAGGAGAGGCUGGUCAAGAUCGAGGAUCACAUCCACAAGAAACCGGCAGAAGAUGACGCCGCAACGGCCGCUGCGUUGAACGAUUUGUAUAUUUUGGACGAACUGCAGAAUCCUUCGUACGUGAAUCAACCAAAUUACAACCAGGCACUGCAGCAACAGCUAACGCCCAAUCUACCUGGACGCUUACCGCCAAACCAUCCAGCCGCGGCCGUCGCCAUGCAGCAUCCCAAUCCGUACCAGCAGUUCUACAACACUUCGUAUCCAAUGUACAUGCAGCAGUACGCCGCUCAACAGCAACAGCAGCAGCGUGCCCAAAUGGGAGCCGUUGCUUCUCCAAUGCACAACUACCAGGACAACAGCCUGCUUGUGGCCGCUUCACCCUACUAUCAACAGCAGCAACAACAGCAGCAGCAGACGCCGCAGCCACAACCCCCACCGAUAAUCCCACCGACGGUGCUACCUCCCCAACAACAACAACCCGUCGCACCAAAACCGGCCAACACACUGUUUGAACAGGCUCUGCAAACGCCAACGCUGCUCAACACGUGGAACUCGACGUACAACGCCACCAACUUGCUGCAAACGUCCACUCCGACCAACGCCACCCCGCUCGACAAGGUCCCACCGGUAAACGUGGUCAUCACCAACUCGGAUCCCCUCCCCACAAACAUCUCCGUCGGAACGUCCCAACCGACGUACAGCGUGACGAUUCCACCCCAGCACAUCAAACACAGCGUAAUGAGCAACACCACACCGGCCGUGACUUCGGUCGUUGCGGCGCCCAUCGCCUCCGGCAUCGAGAACAUCUCGCCCGUUGGUCAGCCUCCGGUCAACACCAAGUUCCCCAUUGCAGCGCCAAAGGUCACGAUGCCGACCAUCACGCCGGGCAUGUUCAGCCAAAGCAUCGCCGCUUCUUCGGCGUUUAACGAUUCUGGAGCUGGACAUGGUGCCGCCGCCGAUGAGGACGCAGACGACGAUGAUGCGGCCAAUGUGUCCGGGGAGUACGACCCGCGACCGGAUUUCAAGCCGAUCAUUGCGCUGCCCGAUGAGGUUGAGGUGAAAACUGGCGAAGAGGACGAGGAGCAAAUCUUCUGCGGCCGGUCGAAGUUGCUGCGCAUGGUGGAUCGAGAGUGGAAGGAACGCGGACUGGGCGAUUUGAAGAUUCUGAAGAGCAAUGCCGACCCCAGCAAGUACCGGAUCGUGAUGCGACGCGAACAGGUGCACAAGAUUGCGGCCAAUCACACGAUCACGCCGGAGCUGAUCAUCAAGCCGAUGGAGAAGAACAACAAGUGUUACACCUGGGCGGCGAUGGACUUUGCCGACGAGGAACCAAAGAAGGAAACGUUCUGCGCGCGCUUUUCAACGCCCGAGCUGGCUAAGGAGUUCUUUGACAAGUUUAACCAGGCCAAGAACGAGGUGGCUCGGCUGAGGAAGCCGGAAUCGAUGCCGGCCCCGGCGCCGAUCAAAACGGAAACUCCCAAGUCGAGUGGAUUCAGCUUUAGCACUCCAAAGAGUAGCGACAGCACUGUGAAACCAGCAUUUGGAACGUUGACCUCCAAACCCGUCUUUGGUGCGUCCACCGUGACGACUACGACGCCAACCAGCAGUGCCGCCACUUCGACCGCGUUCCAAGGCUUCAGCUUUGCCAACAAUUACGCACCGCCCAAGCUGCAGACACCUGCUGCAGUGGAGAAACCCGCGGAACCAGCGGCGACCUCUAAGCCAAGUCCGUUUGCUUCGUUCACGUUUGGAGCGAGCGUAGUCAGCAGUACCACUGCCGCGGCAGCAGCCCCGGCGGAUUCCACCAGCAACAAGUCGUUCACGGACAUCUUCAGCAGUCUGAACAAGCUGGCGACGCCGCCGACACCCGCUGCGGCUGCUACGCUGAACACUUCCGGCGCAGGCACCGGUGAAGACGCCGUGGAAGAGUUUGUCCCGACGGCGGACUUUAAGCCCGUCAUUCCGCUGCCCGACCUGGUCGAGGUGAAAACCGGCGAGGAAGGGUUCGACUGUGUGUACGAACACCGCGCCAAGAUGUUCCGCAUGGACAAGGCGGCCAAGGAGUGGAAGGAACGCGGGCUGGGAAAUAUCCGGAUGUUGGUGAAGAAGGACGACAACAACGUGGCGCGGCUGUUGAUGCGGCGUGAGCAGGUGCUGAAGCUGUGCUGCAACCAGCUGAUCACCAAGGACUUGAAGUUUACCGUUUCGGAGAAGAACACCAACACGCUGACCUGGGUUGGGCAUGACUACUCGGAGAACGAGCUGCAGGUGGAGACGUUUGCGAUUCGCUUCAAGACCGCCGACAUUGCGAAGGACUUCCACAACAUGAUCAAAAAGGUGCAGGCGGCCAUGAGCGGCGCCGGUGCCAAGGCUGAAGAACCGAAGAAGAGUGAUAAGAAGGCGGAGCCGGCGGCGAAGGGCUUCGGCGAUAUGUUCAAACCCAAGGCCGGAGCGUGGAACUGCGAGGGGUGCUACGUUUCAAACAAGGCCGACGUUGAGAGCUGUACGGCGUGCGGUGGCCCGAAGGACCCGUCCAAGAAGGUAGCACCUAAGGGAUUCGGUGAUCAGUUCAAGCCCAAGGCCGGAGCUUGGAACUGUGAAGCGUGCUACGUUUCAAACAAGGGUGACGACCUGUACUGCAUGGCGUGCGGUGGACCGAAAGAUUCGACCGUUCCGAAGAAGGAGUCCAAUCUGUUGGAUACGCUGCCAAAGUCGACCAGCAAGUUUUCCUUCGGAGUGCAACCUGCCGCCGCCACGGAAGCUCCCAAGUUUAGCUUCGGCGUACCGGCGGUAGCCGCGACGUCUACGGCCGAUUCGACCAAGAAAGCCGAACCCAAAGGAUUCGGUGAUCAGUUCAAGCCCAAGGCCGGUUCGUGGUCGUGCAGCGCAUGCUACAUCAACAACAAGGGCGAUGACCUGUACUGCAUGGCGUGCGAAACUCCCAAAGAUUCCACCGUUCCGAAGAAGGACAACAAAACCAACAACAUCCUGGGCACCUCUGACACUCCCAAGUUCAACUUCACCACCGGAGGUGGCUUCUCCUUCGGAGUACCACCUGCUACCAACGCGGCGACGCCAACCGCUCCCGCCACUACAACCGGCGGUUUCGGCUCGAUAGGCUCCACCCCCGGUUCGGGCUUCUCGUUCACACCCACCAAAACACCCGCCGUAAGCACGGUGGCAACAAGCGCCACCUCCACCCCCGCCAAGGCCAGCUUCCAGUUUGAGCUGCCCAAGCCGACCAUGUCGUUCGGAUCGACACUGGCCACGACGACGGCUGCGCCCGCCGCCACCACCGCCGAGGACAAAUCGCCCAAGCCGGCCGUGCCGGAAAAGUCCACGUUCGAGUUUGUGUUCAAGCCGAAAUCACCGGGCGGUGGCGGAGUAGGCGGCAAGGCCAAGAGUCCCGGUCGCACCAUCAGCGUCGGGUCGGAAGGUGAAGGUGGGGAAGAGGGCGCUGAUGAGGAGGGCGCUGCGGAGGAGGAGAACAACACCUACUUUACGCCGGUCAUUCCGUUGCCGGAGAAGGUUGAGGUGAAAACGGGCGAGGAGGAAGAGGACGCCCUGUACUCGCAUCGCGCCAAGCUGUACCGUUUCGUGGACAAGGAGUGGAAGGAACGUGGCAUCGGCGAUGUGAAGAUCCUUAAGCACAAAACCAACGGCAAGCUGCGAGUCGUGAUGCGGCGUGAUCAGGUGUUGAAGAUCUGCCUGAACCACGCGCUGGACGGCGACGUGCAGUACCAGAAGAAGGACGACAAGUCGUGGCAGUUUGUGGUGAACGAUUUCUCCGAGGGCACGUUCGAGGUGAUGAACUUUUCGCUGCGCUUCAAGACGGCGGAAAUUGCCGGCGAGUUCCGCGACGCCGUGGACCGUGCGCUCGGGGGUGAAGAAUCGGUCAAGACCCCUAGUGGCGGCAAGCUGAACAGUACACUCGAGUCGACGAUUUCCACCCCGAACAGCAACUUCAACUACUCUCAGCUGAGCGAUAUCUCGCUGGACGACAAGGAGUUGACGACGAAGCUGAAGCUUCCGGAAGGGUUCUUCGACAGUCCGAAGCAGCCGUGCAAGGGCUGCCGAGGCUGCGACCCGGACAACUUCGUAUUCCCAAGCUAUGGAGCGGCAGUGAACGUGGAACUCGUGGACGACAAGCCGCUUCCGGUGAGCGUUGCUCAGGUGAAGAAGGUGCCGGUCGCGCCCAAGUUGAGCAAAUCGCCGAAAAAGGUUAGCUUCAGCGAGCACACCGAGGAGCAGAAAGUGACGAGCUUGUUCGGAUCGGUAGUGAUGCCCACGACGACGGAGUCCAAGUCUUCACCGUUCAGCAUCAACAGCUUUGUCGCGGCGGAGAAGCAGUCCAGCACGGGGAACAUCUUCGGGAGUGUGACCAAGCCAGCGACGGACCAGGGCACGCCCAAGUCGAUCUUUGGUGGAGGUUUCCUCAGCUCAUCCGGAACGGGAUCUCCCGCGAGCGGGUCGAUAUUCUCGUCGUCGCUCAACACCACGCCAAACCCGGUGAUUAAGCCGACUCAGGACGCGUUUAAAUCACCGCUGCUACAGCCGGCGGCUACGUUCGGAGCCACAACGGCGUCAACACCAAGCCUGAACAAAUCCGCCGAAGGUGUGCAGCUGUUCGGUUCCAACUUUGGCACGAGCACGCCCCCCACCCAGAGCAUAUUCGGGGGAUCACCAGCAGCGACGACCACCACCACAACGAACUCAACGGGCCCGGUGUUUGGAUCAGGUGGCAACAUGGGUUCCAAGUUGUCCUUUGGCUCCGUGCCAGGAUCGGACCAGAAGGUGUUCGGUUCUGGGAUAAGCUUUGCCGAUGCCGCCAAGGGCUUCGAUAAGAAGGUGGUGGAGGGGGUCGAAAAGGUGGAACCUCCCAAGGCGGACAUCCUCGAUAAGGCGGACACCGGAAUGAGCUUUGCGUCGCUGGCAUCCGGCUCGGACGGAGGCUUUAUGUGGAACAAAAAGACGCCGGCCAACAGUGGCUUCGUGGGACUGACCGUCAAGGAGGACAUCUUCACGCGGAUGGCCAACAAGAGCAAGAACGACAGCGGAGCAGGUGACGGGGAAGAAAAUGACGAAGCUGCUGGCGGUGGCGAUGAGAACUACGAUCCACACUACGAACCCAUCAUCAAGCUGCCCGACGAGAUCGAGGUGCGAACCGGCGAGGAGGAAGAGAUGAAGCUGUUUGGCGAGCGGGCCAAGCUCUACCGGUACGACUCGGACGCCAAAGAGUGGAAGGAACGAGGUGUCGGCGAGCUGAAGAUCCUGCACCACCCGGGCCGCAACAGCUACCGGUUGCUGCUGCGGCGCGAGCAAAUCUUCAAACUCGUGCUCAACCACGCCCUCAACAGCGACCUGCAGAUCACGCCGAUGAACAACUCGGGCAAGGCGUUCGUGUGGGGCGCCAUGAACCACGCCGAGGAGGGACCCCAGCUGGAGAAGCUGGCCGCGCGCUUCAAGAACGAAGAUCUCGCCGCCUCGUUCAAGGCCGUGCUCGAGCAGUGCCAGGAGAAGCUGCGGCAAAAGCCCGACCUCGAACCGGACCAGGACUAAGGACACGAGCGUCGACGUUGUUGGCAGGAGCAACGCGCGCAGCAUAAGUAAGCUCUAGUUUUUUUCUUUUUCCUAUUAUUUUUUACCAUAGGUGUAAUUAUAUUACGGUGGUCACGUUAUUGUCUGUGUUUUAUGUAUGUUUUAAAACUGUCGGUUAAUUUACUCUAAAAACCCUUGUUGUGUUUAAUUUGGUCGAACCCUGUUGAAAUUUCGAAACAUGCCAAUUCUGCUUACUUCCUUUCGAUCUGUGGAAGAAAAAUCGAACAGACGCAUUAAAUUGUUGGCUAGAGAGAGAGAGAGCUCGCACUUACACCACCCUAUCAAAUACACACCAAUAUACCAAUAAUACAUGCCAGCGAGCAACUAGGUGUUAGUUAUCUCCGCGAAGUAAAGAAAAAGAAGAGAAUAAAAAUAAUCUGAAGUGACAAUCAUGCACGGGAAGAUGAAAACACACACACAAACAAGCGCGCUCGAAGCGAAGCGUGGCCAAGACUGAUUUGUAGCGAAAAAUUACAAUUAAAAAAAAAACUACCAAAAGUUAAUCCCAAAUUCCGGGCAUGCAUUCAAAUGUCUCACUUCAGGUUAGUUUUGCGUGGGAGAAAAAAAAAACACACACACAUCGUUAAAUCUAGCUUAGCACGUAAAAAUUAAAGUAAACAAAUACAACGCGGAAAGCGAACGCUUUCCACCAGACGGGUUGUGGUAGGUUCAUGUUUGUGUUUAUUUUGUAACGCUGUUCCAAGAUUGAAUUUCCCCCCGCAUCCGGAGCAACAACAUGCCCGAAAGAGUCAGCACAACAAUAAAUCUGUUUAGCUGUA